AUGUCAAGCCUGCAAACUCGCGAUGGUGUUUCAACGGUUCAGCCGCCCUUAUCUCAGGCGGUUGGGUUUAUGACAGCGAACCGCACGGUUCGAACAGGACUCACUGCAUCGGCCGUGAUAUCAUCUUGGCUUUGGUCGACCUCACUACUGGGAUCCUCAUUUGUCGGUUAUGACUAUGGUGUCGCAGGGCCAUUCUGGUUUGCAGCCGGCUGUAGUCCAAUGAUUGUCUUCUUUGCGCUAUUGGGAAUUUCUUGCAAGCGAAAGAUUCCCGAGGCGCACACUUCACUUGAAGUCGUGAGAAUUCGAUAUGGUCGUGUUGCCCAUGUUGUGUUUAUGGUCCUUUGUCUGGUGAACAAUAUCUUCGCUUGCGCAAACAUGCUUCUCGGUGCCGCUGCUGUGAUUACCGCAGUCACCGGCAUGCAUAUUAUCGCGGCUACAUUCUUGCUCCCUGUCGGAGUGACAGUUUAUACAUUUGUUGGCGACAGUUUCCUUACUGAUUACUUCCACACGGCUAUCAUCAUGAUAAUUGCUUGCUAUUUUUCUGUCAAGGCCUUUUCCAACGACCAAAUUGGCUCCGUAGGGGAUCUUUUUGAACUCCUCCAGGCAGCCGCACGUCGAAACCCAGUCUCUGGCAACCAAGAUGGGUCCUAUCUGACAAUGACAUCAAAGAGUGCAAUCUUGUUUGGAAUUCUACACACACUCGGCAACUUCGGUCUGGUCAUUAUGGAUACUAGUUACUUCAUUAAGGCUUUCUCGGCCUCCCCCGCUGCAGUUGUACCGGGCUACACAAUUGGAGGAAUAGCUUACUUUGCCAUCCCUUGGGGUCUCGGAACGGUGAUGAGCUCGGUUGCCCUGGGUUUGGAGAACCAGCCCAAUUUCCCAACUUUCCCAAGAAGAAUGACUGCCGAUGAGGUGAGCAACGGACUCGUUCUUCCAUAUGCUGCAAUCACGCUCGCAGGCAAAGGAGGCGCGGCAGCUGUUCUCCUUAUGACUUUCAUGGCUUGCACAUCGACUCUUUCUGCACAGGUGAUUGCUGUGAGCUCUGUUUUGAGCUUUGAUGUGUAUCGCGAGUAUUUCAAGAAGAAAGCCACGGAUCUGGACUUGAUUCGCGUAAGCCACUUUGGUGUGAUUUUCUUCGCUGCCUUCUCUGCUGGGUUCAGUACGAUGCUCCAUUACGUUGGCAUCAAUCUUGGUUGGACACUUUACAUGCUCGGCGUUGUGACAUGUCCCGGGAUUUUCCCGAUGAUAUUUACUAUCCUCUGGCGCCGCCAAAGCAAAGCUGCUGCGAUUCUUUCGCCUGUGCUAGGCCUCGCCACAGGUCUAUCUGUAUGGCUUGGCUUGGCAUCGCGCUUUAGUGGCGAGGUGUCCGUCGCUUCUACGGGCGAGGUCCUCCCCUGCAUGUAUGGUACAGUUGCAUCGUGUUUGUCGCCGAUCUUGUACUCUGUUGUCAUCACAGCUAUCCGACCGCAAAACUACGAUUGGGAUGAUUUCAAGAGGGAGAAGCUCUCGCUUGAAAAGUUGGAUAGUGAUCUGACGACUGCUCACCAUAACGAGGUCCCCGAAGGAAGCAUCGAGGAUGGAGGUCGUGCUUCCGGGCCUGAUCAGAAAGAACUGAAGAGAUGGGCAACCAUCGCUGCUUUCUGGGCUGCAGCAACUUUUUUGGGUCAUUGGGUUAUCUGGCCACUGCCUAUGUAUGGGUCCGGCUAUGUCUAUUCUAAAAAGUUUUAUAUCGCCUGGGUUGUGGUUGGCAUCAUCUGGCUCUGGCUCAGCAUGCUGGUUGCCGUUCUUUAUCCCAUUCUUGAUGGUGGUAUUCACCAGAUUCGCGACGUCUAUCGCGGGCUCCGAGGAAAGAAGAUUCUCACCGAAGCCAUUCAUAGCAACAAAGGGAAUGGUGAUUCAAGUAUCUCUCCCUCUGCUGGAUCGAUUAGUGAUGCUACUCACGUCGGAGAAGCGCAAGCUAAGUCGCAAGAUAAACUCUGA